UGCAAUGUGAGUGCCACGAAAAAUGUUAUUGUUUUGUUUUACUCUAUUUUAUUUCUGGCACACAAACACAAAUUGAUAUUUGAAAGUUGAAAAUUGGCGCCGGCGUUGUUUGACUUCUCUCUUUUUCACACCUAUUUCUAGAACGUAUUCGCGAUCGCGGCCAUUUCCCAUCCUUUAAUUAGCGGUUCGGACGACAGAGAGGGAGAUACCCGCGAUUUCUAUUAUGACAUUACAUAUUUACAGUCGUUUGAUUCGUUGAACAUUUAGAUUGUGUACGUGCUGUUCUUGCUUGUGACUGUUUGUGCCUUUACAGUUAUUCUUCCUAAAUAAUUAACAUAUAAUUUCAUCAACGAGAUAUUAACAUUGAAUUAUCGAAAAAUCAUGGCCUUUAUGAUGCCUGUUGUUAAAAACGAUUGGGAUAUUUACAAUUCCAAAAGAGGCAGAAGAGUUUCUGAAUGUUCCAAUCCUCAAAGUUGCUGUCGUUCUAGGAAAGUAUCUGAAACCAAGUCGGAAGGACCCAGUCUAUCAACAUCGCCAGGUAAUGAUUUUCAACCACCCGCACCGCAAAACUAUAAGAGUUCAUCGAAUAUGUCCAAGCAAAAUAGCUAUUCUAGAGCCAGCUCUAGAACUUCAGAGGCUAGCCUGCAAAGUCCGAUUAAAUCAUCUUCAUCCAGUCCACCAAAAAGUGACUCCAGCACCAGUUUGAACAACUUUCACUGCAGACUGUUAGACAAAUUGAAGAAGUCUUUGAAAAAUAAGGAUGGUGACAGUGAGAAGACCAGUUCAUGAAGAGUAUUUUCAAAAAUUGAAACUCCACCUCCAAUCCCUACAUAUGGAUUUAUGGCUAAGCAACGACUACGUAUGUUUUCAGCAAUUUUCAUUGCCCUGUGAUAUGUAGUUUAUUAAUAGAAUAGCUAUAAAUUUGUUGAUUUAUAUUGUCGUGCUUGCACAAUGUUUACUGGUUGGGUGCCAACAGUUUUAUUUGGUCUUCAAGGUGCAAAUGUUAAACCUUUUAGUACUCGAAUAUUUUUGAUAUAUCAGAGGGGACAAUAUUUUCUUAAUGAUAUUAAAAAGUAAUUAUGAUUAUAUUUACAUGACUCAUAAUUGAAAUAUGAUGACACUGAACAUAUUUUAUAAAAAUUUUCCAUGACGUAGGUAGAUGAUAGUUUAGACAAUUCGUUGUGUAUUGAUCAGUAUUAUUUUUGAUUUAAAUUGUUCCUGUUGAAUCAACCCCUCAGAUUAAUUUGAAAAGUAAACAUACAAUAUUAUUUCACUACUUGGUUUUUAUUUGGAAAUAGUGAUAUGAUUACAGGGCCUCUUUUUUGCAAUAUGAUUGUGAUUUGGUAGCUUGCUUUAUACUUGGAUGAACAAAAGACUGUAAGGAGGUUAUAUGGAGUUUAAUAUUGUUAGUACUAUAUUGCUUGUUAUGUCGAGACUACGUAUUCAUAGAUUUAAGAUGGGAGGAGGCUAAUAAGAAAUAUAGGGAGACCAAUUUAUCCAAAAUUUUUUGAUACAUAUUUUUCAAUUGAUGUAGUCAAAUUAAUUUUGGAAGAAUUAGAAGGAAAAAUCGAUCUAGGACAUACCCAUUUUCUAUGUUGAAACUAUUAAAUAACUUUUAAUGAUAUAUUCUUGAGUUCUUUCAAUAUAAACAUGUUUUCUAUCGAAAAAGAUAUAAAUAAUAUAGUUAUUCUACAUUCCAUAAAAUAAAGAUUCGAUUUGUUUUUUAGUGGAUCCUUGUUGUAUUGUUCCAAUUUAUCAGAAUGUAGAGUUAGAUGAUUUAUUUUUGUGAUCAGACUUAACUGUGUUUAUUUAAACUGCAUCAAAUAAUAUGAGCUGAAAUAAAGUGUGCUUUUUUCA